AUGUUAAACGAAUUGUUAUCUAUAAAAAAAAACCCAAAAGAUGGGAUGAAUAUGUUUUUGCACAAUAAAUGUGCAUUAAUAACCACAAAAUUGUCUCAUUUCAUUUUUUACUUUCUCUAUAAUUUUCGAAAUUUUUUAAAUAUUUCUCCACGCUCCGCAAUAAUAAUUUUUCUUAUUAGUUAUAUUAUCAUUUUAUAUUUCUUUUUUAUGUGCUGGCAUAGCUGCUAUGAAUAUAUUAAGAAAAUUAUUCAUGAGGAUUUAAUAGAUGAUGAACUUGACCCAUCUAUACUAAACGAAAUUGCUCCACAGAUAUUUUUCUCCAUAUGUAGCCUUUUACUCAUUACUUUUUUAUACAUUGGCCAUUUAUUAGCUUACAUGAAUCUAAAAAAUGAAGACCCAAUUUCGAUACCAGUAUCGACUUUAAUCAUUUUCUUUAUCGUCCUUGGGUUUUGCAUUUUGUAUGGCGUUAUUUUUAAAUAUAACAAUUCCGCGAGUAUGCUUCUUAUUGGGGUCAAUGGAAUUUCUACCCUAAUUUUUGUUAUUUAUAAGAACCAAGACAUUUAUUUUCCUUCAUUAAUAUGUUCAGGAUAUUACUUAUAUUAUCAUGUUAAACAAUUGAAUAAAAUAAAAUAUAUAUAUUAUCACAAAGAAGAAAAAUAUCUAAAAUUUCGUUUAUGGGGUUACACAAUAAUAUUUAUUUCAACUUUAUUUGUGAACUUUAAUUGUAUUGGAACUGAAUUAUUUUCUUUUCUUUUAUUGGUGGCAUUUGGUAUAUAUUUCUAUUCAGAUUUUUGCCUUCAUAAAGUGGAACUAACCUACGAGCCAAUCGACACAAGGCUUCUACAUGUACAAGCAUCCUCGUUAUAUGCAAACAAUGAAAUCUUAGGACGAAUAAAUUGA